AACAAAUACUACUACUUGCUUGUCUAGCUCCAAGUUGUUUUUUUUAUAAUAUAUCAAACAUUAUGUUUUCCCAAUAUUCUCUGCUUCUUAUUAUUAUUAUUUCCUUAAUAUUAUUUUUGGAGCCAAUAAAAAUCGUUGGACGACGUUCUCAUGAAUUAUCCAAUAAUAACAAGCCUGAUUCUUCUUCAUGGGACAGUAGUUAUAUUGAGGAUCUAGUCACUAAUUUGCCAGGACAACCUAGUGUAAAUUUCAAACAUUAUGCUGGACAUGUCACAGUAAAUGAGAAAAAUGGAAGAGCACUCUUUUAUUGGUUCUAUGAAUGCUCAAUUGACCCUCAAGAUAAACCUUUAGUGCUUUGGCUCAAUGGAGGUCCAGGAUGUUCUUCAGUGGGAUAUGGAGCAACUCAAGAGAUUGGGCCUUUUCUUGUAGACUUUGAUGGUUUUGGCCUAAAACUUAAUCCUUAUUCAUGGAAUAAAGAGGCAAACUUGUUGUUCUUGGAAUCUCCAAUUGGUGUUGGCUUUUCAUACUCAAAUACAAGUGGUGAUUAUCAUAGCAUUGGAGAUGAUUUCACAGCCAAUGACACAUAUACUUUUCUACACAAGUGGCUUCUCAAGUUCCCAUCAUAUAAAAAACGACCAUUUUAUAUUGCUGGAGAGAGUUAUGCAGGAAAAUAUGUACCUGAGUUGGCUGAAGUCAUUGUUGACAAGAAUAAAGACCCUUCCCUUUUCAUUGAUCUCAGAGGAAUCCUGCUAGGUAAUCCAGAAACAUGUGAUGCAGAGGAUUGGAAGGGUCUAGUGGAUUAUGCUUGGAGCCAUGCUGUCAUUUCUGAUGAAACUCAUAAAACUAUUUCUGAUACUUGUAAUUUUCACAGUGAUGAUACAUGGAGCAAUCAAACUUGUUCUGAGGCUGUUGAUGAAGUCCUCAAACAGUACAAAGAAAUUGAUAUCUAUAGCCUUUACACUUCAGUAUGCAUAAGAGAUACUGCUACUACUCAACAACAAACCACACAAGUUUUAUUUGACACCAAGUCCAAAAUGAUGCCAAGGAUCAUGGGAGGAUAUGACCCAUGUCUUGAUGAUUAUACUUCUUCUUAUUACAAUAGACUUGAUGUUCAAAAGGCUCUCCAUGUUAUAAGUGAUGGUCAACACCUCAAAAAUUGGAGCAUUUGCAAUAUGACAAUCUUUGGUAGUUGGUCAGACUCAAAGGAAUCAGUUCUUCCUAUUUAUCACAAACUCAUCAAUGCUGGACUCAAAAUUUGGGUUUACAGUGGAGACACUGAUGGAAGAGUUCCUGUUUUAUCAACAAGAUACAGUUUAAGUGCCCUUGGUCUGCCAAUUACAACAAAAUGGAGACCAUGGUACCAUCAAAAACAGGUAGGAGGAUGGGUUGAAGAGUACAAGGGAUUGACAUUUGCAACAUUUAGAGGAGCAGGACAUGCUGUUCCAACUUUCAAGCCUAGUGAAUCACUUGCAUUCUUCACUUCUUUCCUUAAUGGACAAUCUCUUCCUUUCCAACGUAUCUAAUUA